AAAAAUAAAACAACAUCAUGGCUGAACUCACACCACAACAAGUUCUCGGUCUCUACUCUGCCAUUAAUUUGGCUUUAGAAGCUGAACAAGAAACCUUGAAGACUUUGGAAGAAGCUGCUCAAGAAAGGAGAGGAGAUGAAAUUAUUGCUAAAGCCGCUACUGAAGCUGGUAUUAACAUGGACGAAGCUGAAAUUGUUAACCAAGGCUUGAGAGUUGGUGAAUUCAACGAAGAAGUCGCUGCUGCUAUCAAGAAGUUCAAUUCAAUCAGACCACAAUCCAAGAAUGCUAAGAAGAAGCUCGAAAAGAGAAUUUCUUCCAUGCAAAAGAAGUUGGAAAAGAAGUUGGAAAAGCAAAAGGCUCAAGGUGAUGAAAAGAUCGAUGAAGACAGCUUGGAUCCAAGCAAGUACUAUGAAAUCAGAAAGAAGAAUAUUUUGGAAUUGGAAAAGGAAGGUUUUGAUGCUUUCCCACACAAAUUCAAUGUUGACACUACUGUUCCAGAAUUCAUCAAGAAGUACUCUCACUUGGCUGCUGAACAACGUGUUCAAGAAGAAACUGUUGCCCUUGCUGGUAGAAUUAUUACUAGUAGACCAACUGGUAAAUUAGUUUUCUAUCACAUUAGAGCUGAAGGUGAAGAUCUCCAAGUUAUGAGUGGUAUCAGUGAUUAUGCUGAAGGUGAAGAUGCUUUCAAGAAGGUUCACUCUGUUCUCCGUAGAGGUGAUAUUAUCGGUAUUAACGGUUUUGCUGGUAAGAGUAAGAAGGGAGAAUUGUCCAUCAUUCCAACCAAGAUUACUUUGUUGACACCAUGUUUCCACAUGUUGCCAAAGGAACAUUACGGUUUGACCAACCAAGAUACCAGAUAUAGACAACGUUAUUUGGAUUUGAUCAUGAAUAAGAAGUCAAGAGAUAUCUUUGUCACUCGUAGUAAGAUUAUUGCUCACUUGAGAACUUUCUUGAAUGAAAGAGGUUUCCUUGAAGUUGAAACUCCAAUGAUGAACAUGAUUCCAGGUGGUGCUAAUGCUAGACCAUUCACUACUUAUCACAAUGAUUUGGAAAUGCUUUUGUAUAUGCGUAUUUCUCCUGAAUUGUACUUGAAGCAAUUGGUUGUCGGUGGUUUGGAAAGAGUUUACGAAAUUGGUAAGAACUUCAGAAAUGAAGGUAUUGAUUUGACUCACAAUCCUGAAUUCACUGCUUGCGAAUUCUAUAUGGCCUAUGCUGAUUACAAUGAUUUGAUGAAGAUUACUGAAGAAUUGUUGAGUGAAAUGGCUCUCGUUGCCAAUGGAAAGGAUCCAAAGAACUUGCCAUCAGUUGUUCCAGAUGAAUGGUAUCAUAGAACUUUCACUAUGCCACACACUAAUAAGGAUGUUGUUGUCAACUUCAGACCACCAUUCAAGAGACUUCCAAUGAUUUCAAGUAUUGAAGAAAGACUUAACGUCAAGAUCCCAACUCAAUUGGAUACUGAAGAAACCAGACUUUUCCUUGUUGAUCUCCUCAAGAAGAAUAAGGUUGAUUGUUCUCCACCAAUGACCACUGCCAGAAUGUUGGAUAAGUUGGUUGGUGAAUAUCUUGAACCAGAAUGUAUUAACCCAACUUUCAUUACUGAACAUCCACAAAUCAUGUCACCACUCGCUAAGUGGCAUAGAGAUAACAAGGUCCUCACUGAAAGAUUCGAAUUGAUGAUCAUCGGUAAGGAAGUCUGUAAUGCUUACACUGAAUUGAACCAACCUUUCAUCCAACGUGAAAGAUUCGAAGAUCAAGUUGCCCAAAAGGAUGCUGGUGACAAUGAAGCUCAAUUCAUGGACGAAGAUUUCUGUAAAUCACUUGAAUAUGGUUUGCCACCAACUGGUGGUUGGGGUAUUGGUUUGGAUCGUUUGACUAUGAUUCUCUCCAAUAACUACAAUAUCAAGGAAGUUAUUCUCUUCCCUGCUCAAAAGCCAGAAGAUAACACACCAACUGAAAAGCCAGAAGAAGCCAAGCAAUAAAUUUAUUGCAAAGUAAAUAUUGUAUAAAUUAUUU